UACUGCAUCAAUAUAUUAUAUGCAGUGCAAUAAACUAUUGUAAUUUAUUAAGUUGUCUGUAGUUUGAUUUAUGUGUUUUAUUUUCGGAGAUAUAAUAAAAUAUCGGUUUUAUAUGAAAUCCUCAACUUUCAACACAUUUAUUGCAGAUAAUUGUUUGAUUAUUUAAUAUUGUUUACUACUAUAUUUGCAGUAUUUUUUGCAAUGAAGAUAAUAUGGAUUACUCCAUUAUUACUGAUUCAGAGUUACCGUACAAUCGGUUUACAUUUACAAGACGAAUACAACCAAUAUUCAUUUUAUCAGAAGAGACCUUUAAGUCCUCGACCAUUGGAUACAAUGGCAGACUUAACGAACGACCUUGGAAUAUGUGUUUUGAGAGUAAUUGCUGCUGGUGGUGCAAUUGGAAAUAUUGCAUUUUCUCCUUUUGGUUUAAUGGCAGUAUCAGUUCUACUUUAUGAAGGAUCCAGUGGAUAUUCUGCAUUACAAAUAAAACAAUCUCUUAAUUUACCUUGGGAAAUCCUAGCUGUCAGAAUCGGAGUUCGAGAUUUAAAUCGCUAUCUUAAAACAUAUUUCAAAAGUGAUGGAUUUUUGAAUGGCCUAACAAUGAGCAGAGAAGAAGUAUGUCUUAGGCCACAAUUCAAACGAGUACUGCGAUUGUACGGUUUUAAUGAUCCCAAUAGUUUUCUUUUCGAUUCGUGCCCAGAAAGUGCUACGACAACUAUGCAACCACUGCAGCCCAUGUCUGUUACUACACACGGUACUGUAGUGACGGAAAUGACUCCAACUAGUCAAAUAAUUCAAGUUUCAACUAAUAUUACGAAUAGCUCAGCUAAUAAUACAUCGACCGUGGCAACUGAAGUUCCAGCUAAAGUAACUUACGUAGGUGACGCUAGUUUUACUAUAUCUAAUAUCGAUACAAACACCAAUUUACCGAUGAAUUCUCAAACGGUCACAAUGGUCGUUGAUAUUGAUACACAACCUCAUACAAUGCCAUUAGAAUUUUCAACUAAUCAAGCAAUGACAACAGUUCUUAUUAACGAACAAGAACCAAAAUCAUCUAAUGAAAUAAAAGUGACAAAUACAAAACCAAACGAGUUGUUUACUACUAAAGAACUCAUUGUAAACACUACACCCAUUACCUCUGAUGAUCCUAUGACAGCAGCAGCUACAGUAACUCAAACAAACAUAGAUUUCAAAAGUGGCGAAUUCAAUUCAUCAAUCAACAAAAUUAUUGACACAACAAAUAAUAGUAAAUCACAAACUGCUCCUACUGCAGACAUAUUUACUACAACGUGGUCGCAGCAUGAAAGUACAACCGAUGGUUCAUCCUACAUUACAAUUGCAGACAAUGAAAUUGUUUCACCAAGUAACUCUUAUGUUACGCGUGCUAAUGAUAAUCCUGAUAUUACGAUAAUUGCAUCAACAGAAUUCCCAUUUAAAACUACUGCUGAUAACGAACUUAACGGGAUAUACACUGCAAUAGAAGAUAAAAACCCCUUUCUUGGAAACACUGUAGAAGCUAUAAUGACCACAAACAAUGAAUUAAGAGACACAGAAGAAACGACUAAAAGCAUGGACGUCGGAAGUACAUCAAAAAUGAUGUCGUCAACAAAUCCUAUAUCUAACGACGACGGCACCACUACGGAGAUUGAAACGAAUACCGUUAUUAGAGAAAUAACCGAUCAAACAUACACGAAUGCUAAAUUGAAUAACAAUCAAGUAACAACAGUUAGUGAUAAUUUAAUAUCCUCAACAGAUAUUCCACUGACUAUGGCGAGUUCAAGUAAUGCGACUGAAAACGAAAUCAUAAGAGAAGCAGAGUCCAAUCAACAUUAUCAAAUAGCUGCUUUGGAAAAAAAGAGUGCCAGGUCCAUGGAAUCUAAUAGUAAUUUACCGACUUUCAACGUAGAGUUCGUGGUACGAAAAGAAGAUAUGCGAAACAAUUGCAAUCACACAAGAAAAAGGACCAUUAUCAAGCCUGAUAGGAUUUUGACGGAGUACCCAUCAAAUUCAGGCGUUUCAAUUACACUCAGGGAAUCAAAGAAGCGUAGAAGAAGACAUUUGAAUCAAUAUCAAGCAUACAACACAAAUCGAAACCAAUGGUUUAAUGGUUACAAGACUUAUGGACCACCAUCUGGCUGGAUGGACAGAUCAUCCAAUCCAUUUGAGUCCAUUAAUUUGUUCAAUGCUGGUUAUCAACGUAUUCCAUUUUUUACGUAUACAGCAGUAUUGCCUUUUGGAUUUAUUUUCGAACUUAAGUCACAAGUUAUUGAGAUACCUUUAGAUGACCCAAAGUACACAUUGAUGAUACUUAUGCCGAACCAUCCGAAUGGUCUGUCCGAGUUGUUGCUGCUGUUGCCGUCAAUGUCUUUGCGCAACAUACACAAUUCUCUGAAACCGACAGCCGUUCACGCAACCAUACCUACAUUCAAAUAUACGGCCAAAGUGGAUUUGACUUCAGCUCUACAACAGAUUGGCAUCCAUGACGUGUUCUACAGGUACAGGGCGGAUCUUUCGUUCAUGUCACCGGACGCUAGAUUAUUCGUUAGUUCGGUACAGCAAGUGGUGUCCGUGACGGUCAAAAAGUACAACACGCCACCGGUUUAUGAAAUCCAACGCAAAUAUGUAGAACAGGAAUUCAUAGUCUCAAAACCAUUUGUUUAUUUUGUGAUGGACAUACAUACCAAAGUCAGUCUUAUAGCUGGAGUAAUCACUGAUCCAUUAGCAUCACCAAUUUGGAUUUGAUAAUAACAGAAGUCUUAUUAAGUUAAGGUUAAUACUUAAUAACAGUAUCAUGUUGUGGUACUGAUUUGUA